CCCGGUCUGAAGUUAACGGCUGUACCGGGAACUUUAACGUGUUUAGAGCGCGUCCUGACAGUUCAGAAGAGUUGGAUCCAAGUGUAGCAGCUUCACCACCGACAGGCACUCGUCUUCUCUUCUUCUCUUCACCUCUUCUUCCUCUCUUCGUCCUGCCUUCAUCCUCCAACCCCCAACGUCAGUGGAACGUUUCAAUCCCCUCUGAUAUUCAGGUUAAUCUGAUUAUGAAGAUAUUCUCUGAGACACCUCUUCGUCAAUGACGGCCAAGAUGGAGACUCCUUUUUACCACGAUGACUCCUCCGCUGUCCCCGCCUUUAGCCAGAUUGCAGAAUACGAGCGUUACCCCGGAAACAAGAUGCUGAUGAGUAAGAAGGCCAUGUCAGUGGUGGGCAGUCAUCACUUCCCCAGCGGUGGUGCAGCAGGAGGGAGGGGCGGGAACCACAACAACCUGGGGCUCGCUGGCAACAGCUCCCUGAUGACAUCGGCAGCACCCUCGGCGGACAUGAACCUCCUGAAGCUGGCAUCCCCCGACCUGGAGCACUUGAUCAUCCAGUCUAACCAGGGACUGGUCACCACCAGCCCUGUGUCAAACUCCACCAAUGCCUUUCUGUACCGCAACCAGGCCACCAACGAGCAAGAAGGAUUUGCUGAUGGCUUUGUGAAAGCGCUCGCUGAUCUUCACAAACAGAACCAGCUAGUGGGAGGUGGCCCCAUGUCCCCAUCUUCAUCCUCCGCCGUCUCUCUGCAGACAUCCUACCAGAGGAACCUGAUGUCCAGUGGAGACAUGCCCAUCUACACCAACCUCAGCAGCUACAACCCGGGCCAGAUGACUUACCCUGGGGGGCAGAUGGCGUACAGUAGUGGCUCAGGCCAUGGCAGCGGUGGAGCCUCUCAAAGCCACACCAGAGGCCUGGACGCCCCUCAGACAGUCCCUGAGGUGCCUCAUCCGGCGGGCGACCCUACUUCCCCGCCCUCCCUCUCUCCAAUUGACUUGGAGACACAGGAGCGAAUCAAAGCAGAACGCAAAAAGCUCCGCAACCGCAUCGCUGCGUCCAAGUGCCGCAAGCGGAAGCUGGAGCGGAUCUCGCGGCUGGAGGAGAAGGUGAAGGUCCUGAAGAACCAGAACUCAGACCUGGCCUCCACCGCUGCCAUGCUGCGGGAGCAGGUUGCCCAGCUCAAACAGAAGGUCAUGAGUCAUGUCACCAAUGGCUGCCAGAUCGCCGUCAGCUCGGCCACUGGCAAGUCUGGAGGAGGAGGGGGAGGAGCUGGCAGUGAGGACUCCAGCUGCUGAGGGGGACACAAGCUGAAUAAGCAUCUGAACACAAGCCAAGGGGCCAGGGGGCCAAGGGUUUACUUUUACGAUUUUGCCAUUUUGCUCGCAUUUGCGGUCAGAGUGAGCAGAGAUGGAGGCGUAAGAACAGAUGGAUGUUUAAUGGGAUUCGUGUAGCCCUGUAAACCGCUGUCAAUCAUCCAGCCACAGGGGGCGGAGCAUAGAGGAGAGAGAGGAGACAGAAUGAGGGAUAAAUCCCUGAUGUGCAGUUCAAAUUUGGGUAAUUUGAAUUUUGCUGUUGAUUUUUUGUCAGAGGAGAUGUUGGCAAAUUUUAUUUAAAGAGAAUGUGUGUAUGAACAGAUAUGACACAUUUACUGGACAGAUGAGUUCAAUUUACAGACAGGUCAUGACAAUAUUCUUUUUUUUUUUUGAGAUGUCAAUACAUCUCAGUAAAUAACUGGAAACAUUGGAAAUUCUUUUCCACCAUUGAUUUUAUUGUCAUUUAUAGUACAAAUAUUGUUUGAAUAAAUGACAUAUUAAAAUGAACAUUUUUACAGUGUGACAUUAAUCUUUUAUAUUUUGAAACAGCGUUGAAAACACUGCUUAUAAAAGGUUAUCCAAAUGUUCAAAUCGCAAGUACUGAUUUAAUUCAUUCAGUGUGAAGUAAUCACAUUACUGUAGGUACAGAGUAAGGACUGUAAUUUAAAUUUUCUUGUCAGAAUUUACAAUAAUCAGUUAUCAGAAGAGUGUUAAAGAGAUAAUUUGUUACUUUUUUUACUACAGUCCCACUGUGUGUUAGUGAUGGGACCAUACACACCAAGCACUAUGACACCUCUGUUUUUUACAGUAACUCUUCAUAGUUACUGUGAUAGAUCUAUGUAAUCUGAUUACAUGUCUGAAACUGAAGCCCAGCUGUGGUUCGUAAUAAUCCAGUGACUGUUUAAAAUUUUGAACUGUGUUUCUGUGUUUUCUUUGUCUAUUGUUGCUGGAAGUUAAAAGCCUUUAAAGCUGCAUUUCGAUCAGGAAGUGGUUAAAAGUUGGUUGUUUUUUUGAGCUGACUGGCUGUUUGUUCAUUUCAGUUGUUGGCUUAUGGAAACUGUUCUCACUUUCUCUGGAUCUUUCAGGAAUCAGGACUGAAGGGAAUGUUCAAUUUAAGACCUGCCAGUGACGACACCUGUAUGGUUUUAAUAUCUCAAUUUAAAAACAAGUUGUUGUUUGUUUUGUUUUUUUACUUUUCAACUACUGGUAAGAAGAGAGAAUUUCACGUUCCACUCAAUGGCAGUUUUUUUGAAAUAGUUCACGUGUUUUUGAAGCAACAGAUCUAUUACUGACAUAAACAUAAAUUAUGAUGAUGAACAAUGUCAGAUGAAGCGUUUCUUGUCUCCUUUAUUCUCAGUGCAUAACAGUAUAAGAUAUGACUAUUGAACAUUUAUCACUUUGAUUAGUUUGCAGCUUUAGAUGGAAGCCAAUUUCUGCCAGGAAUGAAGAAAAAAAAGAUUGAAUGUUAAGGGUGAUGAAAAAAAAUUAAAAACAAAAACAAACAUAUAAUCUCAUAUGUCCUAAUUUGGCCUUCCAUGAUGUUAUAUUAUAAUUUUAAUUGGGAAAAAGUCAAGAUUUAAGGGUUGUUGUAAUUCACCUUGUUUUUCUUCCUGGUUGUAAUGAGCUUUCACUGGUUAAAGAUCUUCAAAGAAAUUUAUAAAGAAAGAUUUUGUUUACUCAAAAAUUAUCUCAGUGGAAUAUCAAAUGUGUUUCACCUGCUUUGGUAAAAAUAUAUUUUUAAGAGUCAAUUUCAGGUUCAAUUACCUGAUGAAUUUGUGAAUUAUUAAUUAAUUAUUAUUAUUAUUAUUAAUUAAUUAAUUAUUUAAAGUUAAAGGUCCAACCUUUAAUCCUAAAUGUAAACAAAAUGUAUAUGAAGGAUAAUGCACUCCUAGCUGUGCUGUUAUGAAGAAUAAUGCACUCUCAAUUGUGUACAUAUAGUGCUCACUGUGGAAAUAUGCUCCUCAAGGAGGUUUCUGAGGUCCUUGAGGGGACUCGUUAGAUCUUUGAGGAGUCUGCAGAGGUCUUUGAGAGGGUUUCUGAGGUCCUGGAAAAGGAUGCAGUCCUUGAACAGGUUGAAGAGGGCCUUGGGGAGAAUGUAGAGGUUCUUGAGGGGUUUCCUGAACUCCCCGAGACGGUUAUGGAGACUUAAGCAUCAGCACUAUUGCUAGGGGUUACCUGCAGGUUAAUCUCCUGAGAUCCAAGCUUUUGUUUGGCAUGCAUUGUUAAUUUCUCACUUCUCCUGAGUAAUUUUAAGUAGGAUCUGAUAAGUAUAAGUAUAAAAAACUAAGCAUUGUCUUUGAACACUAAGUAGUUUUUGAAAAAAAAAAGUCCUCCUAUGGGGGCAUUGGUUUUAUUUUUAAUGGUCACAAGUGUGUAAUAAAUUGUAAAAAAAAAAAAGAAAAAAAAAAAAAAAAGAAAGAAAAAACCCCUGCUCAAAACAGUUAAUUUCACUGCCUGAACAUGGCUGUGUGAAAAGUGAAAAGUGAAAAUUGCAAAUAAUGCAGCAUAUCUAAAAGCAAUGUGAGUUGUUCAUUUCGUAACUGUAUGAUUUUUCUUUGCUCUCUAUUCCAAGCUUGGAAUGUCCUUUCUGUCUGUGGGAACAGUCUGUCACACCUAACUGACCUGUGCUACUCACGAUAAUACAAUAAUAAAGUCCCAAUGUCCUCAAACAAGUACUUCCUAAUUUAG